AUGACGGUGAAGACACUGAUAUAUUUGAUGAUUUUCUUACCUACAAAAACUGAAAGUUUAUAUGACAAAAUAAAUAUUUUGACUACUGAUGGUACUUUGCUGCAGACUUAUUUCUCAAAUACUACUUUAAAGACUGGGAAUACAAUUCCCAAUUUCAAUUUUUCAGCUUUCUCCAUAGGAGAUCAUUUUUCUGUUAUUGAAAAAUCAAUAAGUGUUGCAGAAACUGGUGAUGUCACUUUUGGAAUUCUUGGUAAGAAGAUUGAUUCACAACAGCAUAAUAUUACUCCAGCCAAAACUAUAGAUGAUUUUGUAAAUAACCUCAAGAAAUUUGAAGAUAUAAAUGUAUGUCAUGGAGGACCAUCAGUGAACAAUUUUUCUAAAGCUCCUACUUCAUUAUGUGUAGUUAAUACUCUCGGAUGA